CGUGCUCGUGCCCGGCAGGUCGGAAGUAAAGGUGACGUCCUCCUGUUGAUCAGCGCCGUCAGCAGACACAAACAGAGAUGCUGUGGUUCCACGGCUCCAUCCCCGACGCCAUCAACGCGGCCAAGCAGCGCAGCCUGGUCUUCGUGGUUGUCAUCGCAGGUGAAGAUGACCAGUCCAGACAGCUGAUGUCCAGCUGGGAGGACGCUAGCGUGUCCGAGGCUGCUCAGAGCUGCUGCGUGGCCAUCAGAGUCGACGCCAAGAGCGAUGCCUGCGUGCAGUUCUCUCAGAUCUAUCCGGUGGUGUGCAUCCCCUCCAGUUUCUUCAUCGGAGACAAUGGGAUUCCUCUGGAAGUCAUCGCUGGCAGCGUGUCGCCUGAAGAACUGAUGAGGAGAAUCACCAAAGUCCAUCAGAUGCACGUUCAGGAAGCUGGAAGUGGUUUGUUGUUAAAGCUGGAGUCCAGCUCAGCGGACGGCUCGUCCAAAGAACCCACCACUGCUCCAGAAGUGCCUGUUGGGUCAGCACCCACAGAACCAGAACAAGCGACCCGCUCAGAUCCAACGGACGACUGCAGCGUUCCCAGCACGAGGCGUUCAACAGAGGACACGUGGUCAGACAAUGCUGCUGCUAGUCCUGAGAGCGAGGAAGACCUGGACGCCAAGGUGGAGCGAUUAACCAAGAAACUGGAAGACAGACGUGAGCAGAAGAAGAAAGGUGAAGAAGAGGGUGAAACCAAGAAAGAAGUUGAGCGGCGGAGGUUGGGGAGGGACAUGCAGGACUUCAAGAGAAAACAGGAGGACGAUAAAACCAAGCGACUCCUAGAGGAGAGGAACAGGGAGAAGGCGGAGGAGAAGGCUGCCAGAGAGCGGGUCAGGCAGCAGAUCGCCAUGGACCGAGCUGACAGGGCGGCCCGCUACGCCAAGACCCAAGAAGAGGAGAAGGCUGCCAGACAGGCGCUUCUGCAGGCCCAGCAGGCUGAGCAGGCUGAGCAGGAGGCCCGGAGGGAGGAGAUGGUCAGACAGAGGAGUACGGUUGCGAGGAUACAGUUCCGGCUCCCAGAUGGUUCUUCCUUCACCAACCAGUUUCCGUCUCAGAACAGACUGCAGGAGGCCUGGAACUUCGCCGCUACGGAAGUGGGGAAUCGCUACGGUAACUUCUCUCUAGCCACCAUGUUUCCACGGCGAGAGUUCACCAGUGAGGACCUGAACAAGACCCUGCUGGAGCUGGAACUGGCCCCUAGUGCGUCCAUCGUACUGCUCCCAUCUGGGAGAGCCGCCAACACAGUGGUCCAGUCUUCUGGUCGAGGUUUAUGGGCCGCUCUGGGGACGAUCCUCUACCCUCUGCUUGCUGUCUGGAGAUUUCUCAGCUCCUUCCUGUUUGCAACCCCGAGUCCCUCUGCAGCAGCAACCAGAACCUCCACCUCCCAGACCAACCCCACCAGCUCCAGAUCAUCCUCCGACAGAGCUAACAGAGAAACUUCGGAGAAGAAGCCGAAGGAAUUCAAGAAAGAUGGAAACAUCUGCAGACUUCGGACCCAGGAGGACAGCGAGGACGACAACAACACGUGGAAUGGGAACUCCACCCAGCAGAUGUAGCUUCAGCGUUCCUCCCGGUUCCAGGCCUGCAGCCCGUUAGCAUGGCUUGCUCAUUAAUAAUCAUCAGAAGCUCCUUCCAUCUUGAAGACGAGUGUUUUUUUUGUCUUGAUUCUGUCUCCUACAGCAGUCCCAGAUGUGAGCAGGUAGAAAAAGCUCCGACCAGCGUAGUUGAUCUUCAGACACACAGGUUUAAUCUGGUCGUCAGGAUCUGAUUGGUUGAGACUCCAAACCCCUUUAGAAUUAACUUGGAUAACUUAUUUAAGCCUGGCUUUGACGUUGCUUCAUUCUGACCCCCAUUGACUCGCUGUGAUUAAAACUCAACACUAGGGGGAUGUUUUUGUUUUAAUGUUCAGAGUUUAUGUUUUAAUGGUGGCGGAUCAUGAGCGGCAGGAUGGCGGCGAACGCUGCUCAACACUGUAGUUCUUCUAAUUCAACUGGAAACAAUAAAGCGUCUUGUUUUUCAGAAACUCCUGAGUCCUUGUGGCUCUGUUUCAUCAA